GAUUCUUCUGCGCUGUGAGAUGAAAGCCCAUCUUUUUGUUUACUAACCUAAUCAGAUAUAAUGGGGUGAGAGAUAAUUAUUUAGAUGCUUAUGGUCCCGUUAUCCGGUUGCAUAUGACCCAGCCUUGUAUCUUCAUGCCGGGGAGAAGAUAGAAUAUACCCUUCGGGACUAUGAGAGUCGCGCUUGCAUCCGAAUGCCAUCCGAACGCGUACGGAUGUGCAAACUACCUAAACGGACUGGGAUGAUCAAAUGCCGGAGAAGAACGCUGGAUGCCCACGGUUGGAUCAUGAAGUCUUCUGACAGUCUCUGCCUCUGCCGCUCAUGAAUAUUUAAAUAUUUGCUAAAGGUCAGGUUUCUACAGGUUGUAUGAUUUCCUCGCCUUCCUUCGGAGGCUCUGAGACUCCGGUACAGAGUACAUUCGCUCAGCGCGUCCGUCAUUAUUUCGCAACUUGCAUUCACGAUCAAGUCUAUAUGCUAACCCUAACAUUGCGACGCCUUGCGGUAACCUCUCCUCCCUUGCUUCCGCUCCACCUCUGUCACUUGCUUGUCUGUUGUAACCUGCGUGAAAAAUGCCAUUACCCUUCCGACGUCGCACAUUGCGAGGUCGUCGUGGAAGCCUUCGAGAACUUCCCGAUAUGCCUCUUGAUAUUCUUUUCGAGGUAUUCUCGCACAUGGAACCAUUCGAUUUGCUCAACCUAACUAGGACUACUAAACCAUUCCGUGAGCUACUGUUGCAUCGGUCUGCAGCUUCUUUCUGGAAGCAGGCUCGACAGAAUGUAGCCAAUUUGCCUGAAUGCCCCCCAUUUAUGAGUGAGCCAGCCUUCAUCAACUUGUGUUUUGACUCACAUUGUCAUAAAUGCCUUCGACCGAACAUACAAAACGUGAUUUGGGCCUUCCGAGCAAGAUAUUGUCGCCAAUGCAAGUCAGAAAUGACCGUCACGAUCCUGCAAGCUAGGCAGAUACUGGAAGAAGCAUCUCCAUUUCAUGCGUACCAUGAUGUACGCGAACUCUUGAUCUCAGAGACCUCUGGGCGCGGAACCUUCCACAGCUCGGACCUCCACACCCUAGUUGAUAUCUGGAAGGGUACAGGGCCUGAGGCUCAGCAAGAGGUUUGUGCUUCACAGUCAGAGCUCGUGAAACAAGUACGCUACCAUGCAGAGCUUUGCGCUUGGUGGCAAAUGGACAGGAAGAACGUUCGUUCUACAGAACUUGCCGAGCUUAGGGACUCUCGUUAUGUGAACAUUAUUGUUAAAUUGAGAGAACUAGGCUGGGGUGAACUAAUCGACAGUUCAGCAUAUGCCGUUUACCGGGGGCUUCGGAAAGUCCAUGGGGUGAGACAGCCGAAAGCACUGACUAGUCGCUCUUGGCAGACUAUUCGGGAGCCAGUUCUACGGGUCAUGGAAACGAUACAGAGCGCCCGAUCAGUUUCCGCACUUUCAGCAGUUCUUCCCAGCCGCCUGCGUACCCUUGGAGAUGCCAUGCACUCGUUUCGUGCAGACAUUGGCCUCUGUUUCCCUGGAAUACAAGAUUUCGCUCGAAUGCCAGAGGUUCGGAGCAUUCUAGACGUUCCGGGAGAUAUCGAACUAUCUUAUCGUGAUUUCGAAGCCUUGCGCCCCAAGCUCUCUGGGCUGGUGGAAAACUGGAGGAGCAAAAAAAGGCAAGAGCUUCGAGAUAUUCUGAUAAAAGAAAUAGCCGCUCCGCCAGAUGGUCUCAAUAUCUUCAACCUUGCUGUUACUCUCUGCUAUCGAUGUCUUCGCUGCUCAGCCAGGCUGAUCUAUCCUGGUGUUUUGGCACAUACAUGCAGUUCUUACCGCGAUCUGGGCGAGCUCCUUCCUGUCGUUGAUUACUAUAUUUCCGCUCUUGACUCCCAGCCCCUACCUUGGACUCGCGAUACGAUAAAGGUCGAAACGGACGUUCUUCGUGCCGUCAUCACUGCUCGGGGUCGGGACCCAUCCACUGCGACCAUCGAUGACAUGGACGGACUCGAUGCACUAUAUCGCAUCCAGUAUGACACCCCGAUAGUGACUUGGAGAGCAGAGGCUUAUGGACUUUUGGACAACAUUGACCACGGAUGCUAUAUUCGGCCUUCGUCUCCCGACGUGGCAGCCUAUGCUGGAAUCAUACCAUCAGAACUUGCCGCUUGGUGAUCACCAGAUAGCUAUGCCUGACAAGUAGGAUGUGCAUGUGCUAAGUUAGUGCCAAUGAAUGUGUAUUCUUAG